AUGGCUGAAGAUGCACUUUCUUUCGCGUUCCAGUACGGGCUACCAUUGUAUUACUAUGGCAGAGUCAUCACGGGAUUUCCUGAUGCCAAACCAAAUGCCACCUACCAUAAGCGGAAGCUCCUGGGCCCGGAAUUCAAAGAGGUUCCUCGCCCAAAUCAAGACACUCUUUAUACCUACAUAUUUUUCGACCUCUCAAGCACCGAUCUGGCUGUAACACUGCCUGACAUGGGCACACGAUUUUGGAAUUUUCCUUUCCAUGACAUGUAUGGCAACAAUUUUGCGAAUAUUGGAAGCCUGACACCGGAGUAUCCACCAGGGAAAUAUCUCCUUCGAUGCACCGACGAAAAUCAUGGCGUUCAGACUGAGGGCGCCAAGGAGGGCUACGCAGGAUAUGUCAAUUGCUCAACACCGUAUGGAUUUCUCCCGACGCGACUUCUGCUCCGAAAUACGACCACAGAUGUCAAGACUGUCCAUUCUUGGCAAGAUGCGAUCAUUCCAGAGCCUGUUGAGCGCUCUGGCCCACCGAUUGCUCCGCCGCUCAACCUCCAGAUGUGGGCAGAGCCUAAGUACAGCGUCUCUUCCACAAAUAGCUUAGUGAAGGCAACCCUGGAACUUACGGCUACUCUUGCGCCAUACAACCUGCCAGCAGUUGCGGAUAGAAAAUGGGUGACAGAAAAGUUGGCUGAGGCUGGUAUAAAGGACGGAAAGUUCGUCCAGCCAUCAGGCACAGAUCUUGACAAUGUGGCCAAGAUAGCAGAUGAAGAAGCUCAGGCUUGGGCCAAAUCUUCGAAUGUCAAUGAAGACAUGGGGAACGACUGGAGCAUGACCGCUCCUUGGAUCACCGGAAACUACGGCUCACACUACACCGGUCGUUAUUUUUUGACCAAGUUCAUAUACCUCCAGCAAACGCCAGACAUUGGUAUCCUGCCCUUCUAUGCCCCUGGAGGCAACAACUAUGGCGUCUACCGCCUCGAGGCAGACGAGGCAUAUCUUUUCAGCUUCCACAGUAAGCCGGCGGUGCGCUCUUCUGGCUACUGGAGUUUGAGCAUAUACGAUGAAGAUCAGUGGUUCAUCCCCAAUGAGCGAAAUCAGUAUGCGCGCGGCGACAGAAGUCCCUUGAGGUAUCCAGAUGGAACACUACUUUCUGAGCGUGAAGAUGGGCCGUUCCAGAUUCUUAUGCAACCCGCUAACAUAACCCCCCCGGACAAAUGGCUCGAUAACUGGCUCCCUGGCCCAAUUGGAGGUGCCAACUGGACCAUGAGCUGUAAGUAUCCCGUGAAUGAUUCGCAUUCGAACAAGACUGAUCUUGCAUCAAUAGUACGAAUGUUUGGCCCCAAGCCAGAGGUCUUCGAGCACAAAUGGAAAUUCCCCAAGAUUGAGAGAAUCCCAGCUCUGCGGAAGUAA